GAAAAAUCAAAAUAUAAUUCCGGGCAAAAUUAAGCCUGAAAAGUUUACCAUUGACAGACAUUCACAAAUAAAGGAAGGGAAUUCAAUAAAAAUACCAUUAUUAAGUUUAAUUAUAAUAAAUAAUGCAAAAGUAUGA